UCCUUCAACGAUGUGAGUGAAAAAUAUUAGCUUGAUUUUGACUUAUCGGAAGAAAAGUAAGAUUAUAAGCUAAUGACAAUUUUGUUUCCAAAUAAAGUGUUACUAUCAAAUUAUGUGAUGUUUCAGGUCAUUUGUGAUAUGAUAUAUAUAUAUAAUAUUCAAACUAGUCCAUAACGCGUUUUUCUGCGAUUAAUCGAUACAGUGUCGGCGAUCGAUGGCAACUAAAAUCACAAUGGAACACGUUCAAGAUGACAUCGAUCUGCAGGUUGAUCGAAAUCGAUCGAAAAACGCGGCAAAUUUAAUUGAAUGGAACGUUGACAUGAAAGUUACCGUGUCUAACGUGAAAAAGUCAAAGAUGUUCCAAAGAUUCCGCACCAUCGUUAUAUUUUUUGUAGCGAUUAUCUUCGCUAUUAUACUGUCUCAUUUAAGGAAGGAAGUGCGUGCCUUGCAAAUACAAGUGCAAUCUUUAAAUGUAAAUUUAUUGUUACUAACGUCCAAAUACGAUAGGAUAAAUCGAAGUGUAAAUCGAGCCUGGAUACAAAGGUCCGAAAGGCUCCUCGAAAAUAAAAAGCUUCACGAUGUAAGAAUACUAUUACAAAGAGCAUCGUCGAUAUCUAAAGCCAGCGAAAUUAGUGAAGUUCGAAAUAGUAGAAUCUAUGGAAAUCCUUAUACUUACAAUGUUAUAAUUCCAUAUAUAAAUUCAAUGAAGAAUUCUAAAGACAUGUAUAUGUCACGUGAUAACGCGUAUGGUACAAAUAAUGGAAAUAAUAUUGCAACUUCCAAGCUAUUUAUGAAGUUAAAGAGUAACGAAGAUAACAUGAGUAAUAGUAAUUUACGUAUCGAAAGAGCGGCACUAACGCUACAAGAACGGAACUUAACUGAAGAAGAAAUACGUGAAAAGAUCUAUAAUAACGUGAAUGACGAUUACUAUAGUGAUGAUGAUGACUUAGAUUUCUGGAGAGAACCCCGUUCAGGAAGAUCAAGAAGAGCGGAGGGAAGAGGUAAAAAACGAGGAAAGAACAAAAGGCGGCCCAAACGCAGUCACAGGCGAUUGGGACCCUUGGUAGCAACGUUUGUGGGAGCAGUUCCUGAGCAACAUAUUACAGAUACAGUUUACAUCGGUCCAUGGGUCAAAAGUACUAAAAACAAUACUCAAUAUAAUUUAAAUAAAUUCCAUCUGGUAGAAGACAAGAAAUCUAUAGAAGUUACAGCAACUGGUUUGUACAUGAUUUCCGCACAGAUUUUCUAUUUUGGAGAACCAACAAACUAUUCGUAUUGGAUACUACUAAGUUCAGAAGGUAAAUCCACUACACAAAAACUUGUGAAAUGUUCCACAGCCUCUUCUACAUCGGCCACAGAAGUAUCCUGUUAUACAAGUGUAAUAACUCCAUUGCAAAGAGGCGACAGAGUUCACAUUCAGCAACAGGAGAGAGAUAGAUUAAUAAAUAUGCGGGAGGGACAUAGUUAUAUACAACUAGUACUUCUAUCUAAUAAUGUCUGUAAGAAACGUUUACAAUAACGAAGCGCGUAAUAAUUAAAAGAUGUGCCAUAAAUAACGCAAAAGAAAUCUAUUCUUUUAAAUGUGAUCCUAAAUUUCGAUUUAAAGAGAAGUAAGAAAGAAAAAUCAAACAAGGAUCAAGUUCACGAGUUUCUUGUGCAACUGAUUCUUUCGUUUUAAGGAUACAUGUAAAAAUUUUUUUUAUGUUACUCUUAUUUUUGUUACUUUUUUAAUAUAAUGUAAGUUUAAAUUUUAUACGAUAUUGAAUGUUAGAAAUACAUAAUGCAUAAGGACCAUACGGAAAAAUAAUGUUGAAAUUUAUUCUUUAUAAAAUAGUUAUAUAGCUCAAGUUAGUUCACAUAUGUAUGUAUGCUGAUAUACUUUUUUACACUCGUUUUAAUUUUUAAGAAAUCGAAGAUAUGAUGUUACGUUUUAAGAGUCACACCGUGUAACUACAGUUUUAUACCGGAAAAUCGCCUUAUUGUUAAACAAUUAUUUUGAAAGAUUACAAAAAUAAAGAAUCCAAUUGUAAUUUAUAACGAAUUUAUACAUUUUUUAUUAUAUUUUAUAAAUAAACAAUAUAUAUAUAAACAAUGUACUAGAAACGGCGAAACAUAUCGCAUGUAAUUAAAACAUCAAAUUGUUUAUGCCAUCUGCAUAAAUUGUAAGUUUUUAUUUGUAAAAAAAUAUGUAUUCUUUUAUCAUGUGAUGUAUUAUUACAAUCAAUUAUUAUAAACUUACAAAUCUCAAAAAUUCAGUCUUUUGAUAACUUAUGUGAAAAGUACGAUAUUUCGUCCGUGCCAUCUUACAAUACUCGCCAAUGUAAAAUACAAAAAAGCACUGGAGUCUUCUUGGACGUUGAUGCCAGUCAUGUGGCAGAUGUUGCUUGGCUCAUUGAAUUGGUAGUACGACCAUCUGUGACAGCAUAGUCGUUAUCAACCUAAAGAAAUUAAUAAUAAAAAAUUAGAAAGUGGUAGAUAACACAGAAGUAUUGAAAUCUUACAAAUAUACCUAUUAUUAACGCAUUUAUAUUUAGUAUUCGAAUUGUUAUUAUUUCAUUAUCAAUUUAAAUCAUAGAAACAUAUGUUCUGAGACUCCUUUUUCAUAAAUAUUCGGUACAUUCCUUCCCUGCUUUUUCAUUUUCAUUUUAUGUUAACGUCACAAUAAAUCAUACUUGGUUCUUGUGAAGUAAUGUAUUCUUUAAAAGAAUUUUCAAUUCGUACCUUUCGAUUGUUACCUUAUCGUCAUUAUCGUGAUUAAAAAAUAUGCUGCAGGUAUCGUACGUAUAAAGCGGUUCGACGUUCAUGAAAUAAGAAUUUUUGAUGUAUGUGUAUCGUAUUGAUUAUCUAAAUUGUAUCUUCUUUAUUUUUUAAGGGCAGUAUGUAUGAAAUUACCUUACGUAUUUUGAAGUUCCACUUUACACUCGAUAAAUGCAGAUCUAAUUAUUAUUAUUAUCCUUGCUAACAUUUGCUUUGUAAUAAAUUUGUAGACUGGCUUUUUUUUUU